AUGGCGUUCUCGAGUCUCAAGAAAUCUGAUUCUGUUGGCUCGACUCCUCAUAGGAAACAAAACCAUCCCAACAAACGCAAACCCUUUUCCAAAAUGCAAUUGCUCGGUUCCGCCCUAGGCGCGCUGGUGAUCGCAGCUGGAGUUACUGCUUCGCAAUCUAACAGCAGAUCCCGUGGUAAGAACACUGACUCGCAGCCUCAGUUCAAUGCUUCGUCGGGUACACGCCCGCUUGUGCAUCUCACUCCUAACAAGGGGUGGAUGAACGACCCCAAUGGCCUCUUCUAUGACAGCGAGGCCUCCAUCUGGCACGCGUACUACCAGUACAACCCCAAUGACAACGUGUGGGGGCUGCCAUUGUACUGGGGUCACGCUACCAGUGAGGACCUGACCGUGUGGGAGGACCACGGCGCGGCUAUCGCUCCUCAGAACGACGAAUCCGGUGCCUUCUCCGGUUCGAUCAUCAUCGACGCCAACAACACCUCAGGCUUCUUCAACGACAGCACCAAGCCUGCCCAGAGAAUCGUUGCUUUCUACACCGAGCACAACGCCACAACCGAAUCCCAAUACGCGGCUUACUCGCUCGACGGUGGUUUCACCUUCGAGCAAUACGAGCAUAACCCUGUGCUUGACAUUGGGUCUGACCAAUUCCGUGACCCUAAGGUCUUCUGGCACGAAGAGUCAGAGCGUUGGGUCAUGACUCUCGCGCUUUCUCAGGAAUACACCAUCCAGAUUUUCACUUCAGAGAACCUGAAGGACUGGGAGCUACAGUCUAACUUCUCACACCACGGAAUUCUUGGUUACCAAUACGAAUGUCCCGGGCUCGCUAAAGUCCGCGUUGAGCGCGAUAUUCCUCUGAAUGUCACUUCCAACGGAAAGACCAACUUGACUACCCAGGACGACGGCGCUGAAUACAAGUGGGUCAUGUUCCUGAGUAUCAACCCUGGCUCCCCAGCAGGUGGCUCCGUCAACGAGUACUUUAUUGGUGACUUCGACGGUAAGACUUUCACUCCCCAGGACAGUGCUGCCCGCAUUGUGGACCACGGAAAGGACUUCUACGCUCUGCAGACAUUUACCAAUGCGCCAAACGGCGACACUAUCGGUAUUGCCUGGGCCUCUAACUGGGACUACUGUGCCUUUGUUCCAACUGAGGCGUGGAAGAGCUCUAUGUCGAUUGCCCGUAACUUCACCGUCCGCCCUUACAACCCUAACCCACAGAGCACCGAGCUCAAUCUAUACAGCACCCCAAUUUUGAACUCUACCGAUUUGCAAACCAAGCGUUACUUGAAGAAGUCUUCCCUGGAGAUCGGUGCGGAUGAGGCCCUCAAGUACAACCUCGGAAACGACGCCCAGGGUCUUCUAGAAUUCACUGCCACUUGGAAGGUCAACGGCUCUAGCAUCCCAUCCGUCGGCGACUUUGCUGAUCUCUCCUUCUGGUUUACCGGCAAAGAAGACGACGAUGAGUACCUGAGAUUAGGAUAUGCUGUCAAUGCUGCUGGCUUUUUCGUCGACAGAGGUAACACCGACGUUGACUUCGUGAAUGACAACCCAUUCUUCAACAACAGACAGACCCAGAACAUCGAGACCUACAAGAUUGGAACCGAUGGAUUGCCAAUCUACAAGGUCCACGGUAUCAUUGACAGAAACAUCAUCGAGUUGUUCUUCAAUGACGGUUCAUCAACCUCCACCAACUUGUUCUUCCUAUCUGACGGAAACUACAUUGGCGGUGUUGAGAUUACCGCGGGCGUCGAAGGCGUUUUCACAAUUCUAGAUUUCGAGAUCAAGCAAUUGGCUAGAAAAUGA